AUGAAUUCAUUUUACGCCGAUUCGAUUUGCGACAGCUUUUCUCACCACGUCUAUGGAGGACAUCAAGUCUAUGGUGUUCAUCAUGUUGAAGCUCAACAUCUUCCUUUGAUUGGAGCUGAUGGUGUUCCAGUUGAUACCGCUGCUGUCCAACAAGCUAAGGUUGAACAUUCCGUGCACAAGGCUCAUGCUGAAGCUCGCAACGGAGAUUUGUACCAUGGAGUCGUUGCUCAUGGAGUUGUCGCUCAUGGAGCUGUUGUAGCUGCCCCAGUUGUAUCAACCUAUGCCGCUCAUUACACCCCAUCUGUGUACACUGGCCCACAACACAUCCCAGUCAUUGGAGCCACCGGUGUCCCAGUAGAAACCCCAGAAGUUCAACACGCCAAGGCUGCCCAUUUGGUGCACAAAGCUGAAGUACAAGCCCGCAACGGUGCUUCCGUUCACGCUGUCGUAGCUCCAGUCGUAGCUCACUCAGUUGUAUCUCACCAUGUCCCAGUUGUAGCCCACGGUGUUCCAGUAGAGACCCCAGAAGUCCAACACGCUAAAAUCGCUCAUUUCGCUGCUCACGCUGAAGCCAAAGCCCGUAACGCCAUCGUAGCUCACUCUGUUGUAUCCCAUGAUGUCCCAGCCAUCGUCAAUGGUGUCCCAGUCGAUACCGUCGAAGUACAACACGCUAAAGCCGCUCACUUUGCCGCUAAGGCCGAGGCUCAUGCUCGCAACGGAGAUUACGUCCAUGGUGUUGUAGGAUACACUGGUGUAGUAGCUCCAGUAGCUCACCACGUCCCAGCCAUCGUCAACGGAGUCCCAGUCGACACUGUCGAAGUACAACACGCUAAAGCCGCCCACUACGCCGCCAAGGCUCAAGCCCUCAACGGUCACUACACUCACGGAAUCGUAGGAUACUCUGGUGUAGUAGCUCCAGUAGCUCACCACGUCCCAGUAGUAUCCACUUACGCCCAUCAUUAUACUCCAUCUGUAUAUACUGGACCACAACACGUCCCAGUAAUUGAUGCCUCCGGUGUCCCAGUAGAAACCCCAGAAGUUCAACACGCCAAGGCCGUCCAUUUGGCUGCUCACGUUAAAACCGUUUCCAAGUGGAAAUUCUUUGUUGUUUUCGCUUGCGCUUUGGCUGCUGCCUCUGCUGGAUACCUUUCUCCUCUUGGUUAUGGAGCUCAUCACGUCUAUGGAGGACAUCAAGUUUAUGGUGUUCAUCAUGUAGAACAUCAACAUCUUCCAGUUAUUGGAGCUGAUGGUGUCCCAGUCGAUACUGCUGCUGUCCAACAAGCUAAGGUUGAACACUCCGUGCACAAGGCUCAUGCUGAAGCUCGCAACGGAGAUUUGUACCAUGGAGUCAUUGCUCAUGGAGUUGUCGCUCAUGGAGCUGUAGUAGCUGCCCCAGUUGUAUCAACCUAUGCUGCUCAUUAUACCCCAUCUGUGUACACUGGCCCACAACACGUCCCAGUCAUUGGAGCCACCGGUGUCCCAGUAGAAACCCCAGAAGUUCAACACGCCAAGGCUGCCCAUUUGGCCCACAAAGCCGAAGUACAAGCCCGCAACGGUGCUUCCGUUCACGCUGUUGUAGCUCCAGUCGUAGCUCACUCUGUUGUAUCCCAUCAUGUCCCAGUUGUUGCCAACGGUUCUCCAGUAGAGACCCCAGAAGUCCAACACGCUAAGGCCGUUCACUUCGCUGCUCACGCUGAAGCCAAUGCCCGUAACGCUAUCGUAGCUCACUCUGUUGUAUCCCACGAUGUCCCAGCCAUCGUCAAUGGUGUCCCAGUCGAUACCGUCGAAGUACAACACGCUAAAGCCGCUCACUUUGCCGCUAAAGCCGAAGCUCAUGCUCGCAACGGAGAUUACGUCCAUGCAGUUGUAGGAUACACUGGUGUAGUAGCUCCA